CACGAGACGUACCUCUUGCGCUUCUACGCGCCCAGCUCUACAGCCGGAGUAUCAAUAUAGAUACUGCUGCAUACUCAUUCUCGUCUGCCUCUCCACGUUUGUGCCUCUUUUUGCCUACUGUGCGCACUAGGCUCUGCAAAUGUCAUCACUCCAAGCGCUCACGUCCCCAACCGCCGGCGCAACUCCUUCCAAAAGCACAGCACUUCCCGCAGGCACAACCGUAGAUCCCCUUCAACGCGUUCGCCUUCAUAUAUCACCGCUCACACCAGAAUUACUGAAGACAUAUAUCCCACCAUCAUUGCAGGAGCAGGUUUCCAAUAUAUCAUACCACACAGUACAAACGUUUCCGGAAAAGAGCUUUGGCUUCGUUGAGUUGCCCACCAUGGAAGCAACUAAAUUGAAGAAGAAGCUCAACGGCUCUAUCUUGAAGGGCUCAAAAGUACAGAUUGAAGAGGCAAAGCCCGAGAAGCGGAAGAAGAAGCGCGAGGCUGGAGCAAGCGAGGCCGAUGGCGUUGAUGUAGAAGAACAGGAUCGGCCGAAAAAGAAGUCGAAGAAACACAAAGAACAGCAAGGUGUACUGGAUGGAAUAGAGCUUCCGGAUGAGCGCAAAGUCAGACGUGGAUGGACAGAGCCUGCGAAGCCAACCCGCGAACGGAAGAAGAAGGCUAGCAAAGAUAAGAAGGAAAGCAAAAGCAACAAAGAGAAGAAGCUACAGGAGAAGUCGCAAUUUACAAAGGAGCCGGAAAUGCUUUUCAGGACCAAGCUUCCGCUGAACGCAGGUCCCGUAAGUGAGAAGGCUGCGAAAAAGAAGAGUAAAAAAGAUCAACACAAGAGCUCCUCUGACCGCGAUGUUGUCGUGCAUGAGUUUGAGAGGACGAAAAAGCAUGCUACUUUCCUUAGAGAUAGUGGUCUAAGAACGAAUGCCAAGCCGGCCUCGGAAUUCGUCGAGGGGAAGGGUUGGGUCGAUGUAGAUGGUAAUGUCGUAGAGGACGGAAGAAAGAAUCGGAAGCACGAAAGAGAGCGAGUUGACGACAUGAUGAUUGUUACGACCGGGAGCAAUCUUCAAGAUCGUCAUAAGCCAUCAAUAAACAAGAAGUCUACCGCUACUAACGGCGAUGAGACAAGGGAAGCCACUGAACCUUGGAAGAAACCAGAAUCAGCACCUCAAUCUUCGCCUGAUCCGACCGAGAGCGAAGACAGCGAUUCUUCCGUGGUAUCAUCAAGUAGUUCCGCAGUCAGCUCCGCGGAUUCUGUUGCAUCGACCCCCUCAUCCCCAAUCUCAACCCCUAGACCCUCCUCAAUCCUCACCUCUGCCCCUGAGAUCAUAACAACAGACCCGACCCCACCAACAACAGCAACAACCUCUUCCUCCGUCCAUCCCCUAGAGGCGCUAUUCAAACGCCCCAAGAGCCCCACCCAGGGUAAACAGCAAAAGCAGCUCGCGCCCAUCAAGACAUCCUUCACAUUCUUCGGCGGCAGCGGAGGUGCCGAUGACGAGGACUCCUCUGCCGAGAUGGAUGAUGAUGCCGAUGCUGACGACCACUUAUCCAACAACCCACCCCACACUCCAUUUACGCGCCAAGACCUCGAAUGGCGUGGUCUGCGCAGCGCUGCCCCGACUCCUGACACCGCGGCCAUUGGCAAGAAACUACGUGCGCCGUGGCGCGAUGCGAGCGCCGAAGAAGACGAGUUGUCGCCAAGCGCGAGAGACAGCGCUGCUAUAGAUGAAGCUGAUGAGGAAGACGAGGAUGGUGUUGAGCAUACUCCGACAGGGAAGAAGAGCAAGAAGGAUGAAAGCGAGUUUGCGCGUAAGUUUUGGGAAAAUAGAGCCCAGACAAAUAAGGCGUGGAAGGACAGGAGGAGAGAGGCGAAGAAGGAGAAGAGGAGGAGAGAGGAUCGGAAGAUUGGCCGGAGGUGAUGACAAGACGUUACUCCAAGAUGAUUUAUAUUACUGUUUGAAAGUAUUGUGCAUGCAUUUUCUACGGGCAUAACGAAUUGCGCUUCACGGCUACAUCAGCGUUUACCAUCACAUGAACAUUGGAAUUGAAAUGGAUCAUAUGCCAUGAAUUUUCUAUUACGCUUAUAAUACAUAUUUGCUUCCGAAAUCACAGCA